AGUGUAGCACCAAGUUCCUUGCCAAGCGACAGUCCCAGUACCACCCCAAGUUCUAUCCCAAGUGAUUCUCCGACAGGUAGUACUNNNNCAAGUUUUGGCCCAAGCACAAGCAAGGCGCCCAGUGACAGUCCCAGUUCCAGCCCAAGUGUGUCACCCAGCAUAGCACCGAGUUCCUUGCCCAGCAACUUACCCAGCAAAUCCCCUAGUGUAGCACCAAGUUCCUUGCCAAGCGACAGUCCCAGUACCACCCCAAGUUCUAUCCCAAGUGAUUCUCCGACAGGUAGUACUCAACCAAGUGGACUGCCAAGUUUUGGCCCCAGUGCAAGCCAGGCGCCCAGUGACAGUCCAAGUUACAGCCCAAGUGUGUCACCCAGUGCCAUUCCAAGUUCCUUUCCUAGCAGAUCUCCAAGUGAAUCCCCAAGCAAAACACCAACCGGCAGUCCCAGUGGCAGUCCAAGCAUGUUUCCCAGUUCUAGUCCAAGUAUUGCGAUUGACAACAAUGCUGAGCUGCAGACAGAAAUCGAUACUUGGAUCAACACUGGAACUUCUCAGUAUGGGCACAUUUCCACUUGGGAUGUUUCCAGGGUGGAAAACUUCUCCAAUCUGUUUUCAGGUAAAUCGUCCUUCAAUGAGGAUAUCUCAGGAUGGAGCACUGGCCAGGUUACGAGAAUGAGAUACAUGUUCAACAAUGCAGGCCAGUUUAACCAGAACAUCGGUGGUUGGGAUACUUCCAAUGUGGAAUCUUUCGAGGGCAUGUUCUAUGGUGCAGCUCAAUUUGACCAAGAUAUUGGGGGUUGGAACACUGCAAAGGCAUCAAAUCUUGCAGGCAUGUUCCAAGGAGCAGCAGGGUUCAAUCAAGCAUUGAAAGACUGGGAUAUUGGCCAAGUAACUACUCUUGGAAGUACUUUCUAUGAAGCGACUUCCUUCAACGGGGACAUUACUUUGUGGGACACUAGAAAGGUCUCAACCUUGCAAAAUACCUUCUUUGGUGCUCAGGCCUUCAACUCAAACAUUGGUUCCUGGGACACAGGCCUUGUGACAAGUUUGGACAGUACUUUCUAUGGUGCCAGUGCCUUCAAUGUUGACAUUAAUGGCUGGAACACUGGUGAAGUGCUCAGUAUGAGUCAAACUUUCCGGACAGCCGCUGCCUUCAACCGAGGGCUCAAUGGAUGGAACACAGCAAAGGUAACUGCCAUCAAUGGCAUGUUCCAACAGGCUGCUGUCUUCGAUCAAGACCUGAACAGCUGGGACACAGGAAAUGUUGUUCUGAUGUGGAACACAUUUGGUGGAGCCUCAGCUUUUAACGGAGAUAUUUCUAGCUGGGAUGUCUCAAAGGUCACCACAUUCUGGAAUAUGUUCAACUGGGCCGCAGCCUUCAAUUCUGACAUCUCUGGUUGGGAUACUUCGAGUGCUGAACACAUUGGUGAUAUGUUUCAUGUCGCAUCAAGUUUCAACAUCAACAUUGGUAGCUGGGAUGUCUCGCGCAUUGGAUCCCUUGCUAACACCUUUGCAAGGGCAUAUGCCUUUAACCAGCCGCUGGGAGGCUGGGAUGUCAGUGGAGUGACAACAUUUCACAGAGCGUUCUUUCAAGCCAGUGUCUUCAACCAGGAUCUUUGUGCUUGGAAUGAUCACAUCAGCCCCACCGCAGACAUGGGUGGUUCUACAUUUUUAGGUACUAGCUGUGAAUCAAAGGAGACACCACAGCUCUAUGGAUCUUAUUGGGGUCCGUUGUGUUCGAUGAGUUGUGUGCCAAGUGAAGCUCCAAGUAUCACACCAAGCGGCCAACCCAGCUCUGCACCAAGCUCUCUACCUUCCCAGCAACCAACUGACGAAUCCGCCAAUCAGAGUGCAUCACCCAGUUUGAUUGCAAGUGAAUCCCCAAGCACCAAACCAAGCGAGAGCCCAAGUAUUCAACCCUCUUCUGCCCCUAGUGUGAAUCCAAGUAGUUUGCCGAGUGAAUCACCAAGCGCUCCAACUGGUGUACCUUGUCUCCCAGACAGAACAUCCGUUGAUGCUGCCCUCCUUGAUAUCCCUACAGCAGAGGGAACUUAUGGGCCCAUCGGUGAUUGGUGUUUUGAAGCAAUGUCUUUAGACAAUCUUUUCGUCAGUCAAAAUAUGGGUGACUUCUCCUACAACAUCAACGGUUGGGACGUAAGCAAGGUGACAGACAUGACAGCCCUGUUCCAAGAUACAAGCAACUUCAACCAUGAUGUAUCUGCUUGGGACACGUCGAGAGUUACCGACAUGACACAACUGUUCCGUGGGUGUUACCUCUACAACAAUGAUCUCUCUGGCUGGAAACUGAGUCAAGUAACGAGCGUUAGUGGGAUGUUUAAUGGUGCUGUUGCUUUUGACCAAGACAUCACUGGCUGGGACGUGAGCAAAGUCUACAACAUGAAUGAUCUCUUCUGGAAUGCUGAGUCAUUCAAUCAGGAUAUUUCCGUCUGGAAUGUCGGCCAAACAACUUCCAUGGUGAGGACGUUUCGUGAGACAGAAGCCUUCAACCAGGACUUGAGUGCAUGGGAUGUUAGUAAAGUCAGUUUAGUUGGGCGCAUGUUCACGGAUGCAGCAGCCUUCAACACCGACUUGUGUGCCUGGAAGUCAAAGCUCCCUUCCAAUGCCGAUGUUACACUGAUGUUUGAUGGCUCAGCUUGUCCGUACACGUCUGACCCCUCCUAUAUCGGUGGAGAGUGGGCCCAGAUGUGCAACUGGUGCAUUCCUGAGCCUUCGAAUGCUCCAAGCUUGGAACCAUCCCAGCAACCAAGUGACCAGCCUGUCAAUGCACCCAGCGACCAACCUAGCUUUGCACCCAGCGACCUACCCACCACCAAUACUCCCCCACCAACUCCUCAACCAACGCUUGAACCUACAGAUGAACCCACCCCACAGCCCACCGACCAACCCACUGAUUCUCCCACUUCGCCCGGACCUUAGAUUGUAUCAUGUUUUAAAUACAUUAGACUAAUACGUUCUCUUUUC